CUUGUCUUGUGUGUCAACCGCACCACUUCUGUUCUUGUUGCUGCUUGCUGGAGGUUUGUCAUCAGUGAUCAUGGCCCGCCUGUCGAUCAUUGCGCUGCUUGUGUUGGUGACGUUCGUUGUAUCCGAUGCGUUCGUUUCUCCAAAAGCAAGAUGGGCCUCUGCAGCGAUCCACACCAAAAGGCAAGCCAGGUCACUCACCACACCGGUGGCGGCUCGGGUCCGUUCGAUGACCGUAAGAACAGCCGCCACGUCUGAGGACGAUGACGCAACAACCCCGACAAGAACAACCCCGGCAGAGCCUGCGAAGGCCGCGGUACCCGAAGACCUGGACUACUACAGCGGCCUGAUAGGGGAGCAGCCCGGGGCGGACAAGGCGCCGACGAGCGGGAAGGAGGAAGCGGUAACGACCAGCGACUACCCGAUCCCGUUGCCGUCGUACCUCCUGCUGGUGCUGGCCACCGUGGUGUCGAUUGCCUUCACCGGGAGCAUCUUCGAGGUGACCGGCGGCCAUCCGGAGCUCGGGUAUACCGCGACCUACAUCAUCGGAACACUCUCGCUCCCGACGUUCAUAUUCUUGUUUUACGCGGCGAUCAAGAAGGGUCAGGCCGAAGUGGAAGAAGACGACGCCAAGUUCGGAAAAGGCCGGUGGUGAAGCUUCCGUCCAUCUCCUCAGACAGAAUGCACUCAAGUGGUAGGUUGCUGAGGUCAAGACUCCACCUCUGGGCUGUUCUUGUCCGUUUCUUGUAAGAUUGCUGUUCUUGUUUUGUUUUUCAGCGGUUCAAUUGCGUGGGAAGAUGCACCUACACAAGUUUGGCGGUUUCUUCAUGGGCGAAAUCUUAAGGUUGUCAUGUCAGCGCCAGGAUUUUUUCUCCGCAGUCUGACCCACGUCGCAUGCCUACUUGUUUCAUCGUUAAAGGGGCGUUAAUUGGCGCUCAAGCAGCAGCGGUUACGUUGCACCGCGUCAUUGUGAUAGCCGCGUGGGACUGCCGUAGGCAGGCGCGGUCGUGUCUUUGACAAUGGUCCCUAAACGAGCACGCCGUUGCGCUGGUACGGCAUGCGUUGCAUUCGACCCCCUUGAUGUGCCUACGCGUUUCUUCAAAUUCCAUCGGCCGCGCAAACCGACUGGCUUUAUCAAGAUUAGCAGUGUGUCUCAACCACGGAGCCGCGGAGGAGACUGGACAUUCAAUAGGGUCCAUCGGCCGGAUAUAGCUCGUUGUCCGAACACGUGCGUGUGCGCGUUGUUCGUUCGUGUCGGGUAGAGGAGCAGGAAUAGUCCGUGCGCUUUGGAAUAGAGGAAGGAAGGUACAAGAUCUUGCUGUGCUCUGGGUGAAGGUUGGCUGAAGUCACUUCAAUUUGAUUUGCACGUGCCACACACAAAGCGCGUUGGAGCACCCGAGGGUUGCAGUUUUUUUUUUAUACGUUCGGUUGGACGUGAAAAAGCUGUGCAACUUCUUGCAGCGCGACUGACUGUUUUCGCUGUACUGCUGAAGCUUGUGCCCUCUUCCAAUUGUUGAGGGUUGAUCAUCCAGUUGAGAUACUGGCGAAAUGUUCUUCGCUACCGUGGGGCGGUGGGUAACAAGCGGGGCAAUAGGAGGGAAGGUGGUAGCGCACGAACUACCGCCCUGGUGUCUUGCGGAAUUUUUCGCACGAGCAUUAUCAAGGGACAUAGGCUCCCGUGGUUUGAAGGAGACCCAGGUCGUGGUACAACAGUAUUUCCCCACUGUGGGGGACUGGCGCGUUUCUCUCUUUAGAUUUGGCGAGGAGAAGAUCUCGGAAGAGAGAGAGAAGGCGAACACCGAAGCGAGAGGGUAGGGAAGUCCGACCUAUUCACGCUCCCCAUCUCCGGAAGUGGCUUUGGAAGAGUCGCAUCCAUAGUGGGGUUGCUUGCUGUUCAGCGACCAGCAAGACAACUCCUCCGCUCAGAUCGUGUCUGGUCGUGUGUGCACCAAUCUUUCAACAUAUCUGCACCGGUCCUCCACUUGCCCAUGAUUUCAUUUGUCGACGUAGCCGGAAUCGCGAUCAAUUAAGCGUGAAUUGGUAAUGUGUCAUUCAGGGCAUGCGAAGGUGCAGCUGGUUCUUCGUACGAGACCACAUGCUGUGUGCUUUUCCCGUACGCUCCUGAAGCCAUUCCGUAGUGCUUU